CGCCGACUGGUUGUAGUUGUGCCUCUGAGAAAAUCAGUUGCGGACUGUAAUCGGGCAACGAAUGGGAGUCGGUCUCUAUUUCGACGGCCUACGCGGGCGAAAGAACAAAGUUAAAAUAAUUGUCGUGGAACGUGUUAUGUGUUUGAUUUGAAAUUCUAUGUAGCGUCAGUUGUCGAUGUUAAUCAAUCUCCAAACAAUAUAUUGAAUCGCGGAUCGCCUAGCUACAUAAUACAACGUAGUGGAUGUAGAAAAAUGGCAUUGGCCUCUAAUGCUUUAUCCAUACCAAUCAUCGUCGGCUCCCAUAGACAGACCGCGAUAAAGGUUGACCACUCCCAGACAAUUUGGAUUUGAUUUUCAUUUCUGUCGCCGUGUAGUAAUGACUAAACUAAAUAUUUUUUCUUUUCGCUGACCCUUGUUGUAUUGCAUGUGCGGUUAGGGUUGGACUUAGACAUCCUACAUAACCUGAAUCAAAUUUGUUAGUGAGUUUGUGCUCGUGAGUUACACUAAGUUCCUUAAAUUAGCUUGUUGCUAAGAUAAAUAAGUAAGCGUAAUAUUAAGAAAAGGCGUAUCAAUGAUACCAACCUUUUAAUACGGAAAAGUUAUACACUGAAAUAAUAUCGCCAAUCAUAAACAGAAAUGCGCCAAGUGCGUCAAGUGUCUUUUAACAUAUCAACGUAGUAUCAACGUAGAGUCCCAGCCAUUUCAAGGAGGCGCCUAACUAACACAGGGCAAGUCCUUAAAACGGCAAACAUACCACGCUCGACGGACACCAUCCUUGGAAAUAGACCUAGUGUCAUUUCAAAAGACGCACAUGGGCGUCUGCACCGAGGAGCGCCCUGUGAUGCAUUGGCAGCAGAGCGCAAGGUUUCUUGGGCCCGGCGCAAGGGAGAAAAGUCCAACACCACCUGUAGCACAUCAAGGGCGCACUCAAAGUGUCAGUGCUGCAGGUGCAAAAAACAAGCACCCACUAUUCCGCGUAUGCUCUUCAGCAUCGUGUCCAGAAAUUUGUGAUCAUAGUACAAAGUCGUUUGGCAGUAGUGUUUUCGGCAUCGAGUCAUUUCAAAGCUAUGAAGCUGCCGAUCGCUCUAUUUUUGAGGACUCCACUGCCAAAUUCUCAAUCAGCCGUAGUCGCACAGAUUGCACAGAAGUAAGCGACGAGACGACUUCAGCGAUAUCUUUUAAAACGGAACCCUUUGGACCGGCCAGCAGUCCCGAAUCCACAAGUGAUAUCAAAGUACCGCGAAGUCACGACGACUGCUCGGGAUGUGGACAGAAAAUUCAGGACCGAUUCUACCUCUCCGCAGUGGAAAAACAUUGGCACGCCAGCUGCUUACAAUGCUACGCCUGUCGGCAGCCGCUGGAACGGGAAUCCACAUGCUACUCACGUGACGGCAACAUUUAUUGCAAAAAUGAUUAUUAUAGUUUUUUCGGUAUUCGACGUUGCACCCGUUGUCUGGCCUCGAUUAGUUCCAACGAGCUCGUGAUGCGCUCUCGGAAUCUUGUCUUUCACGUAAACUGCUUUUGUUGCACCGUCUGCCACACGCCACUGAAACAGGGAGAUCAGUACGGUAUUAUCGACUCGCUCAUUUACUGCAGGACGCACUACAGCAAAGCAAGGGAGGUAGACGGCGCCUCUUCUACCAUGGGCGCCACUUACCCAUACAGCGCCCAGUUUGGUUCGCCACAAAACGACUCCUCGAGCCCCCACUCAGACCCUAGUCGGAGCAUUGUUCCUACGGGCAUAUUUGUGCCCACGUCUCACACCAUUACCGGACUGCCGCAGACGGCCCGCCAAAAAGGACGGCCGCGCAAGCGCAAGGUCAAGGACAUAGAGGCGUUCACUGCAAACAUAGAAACCGUUAAAACUACAAUGCACUUUGGGUCGAUUGCAGAUCUAAACACUGAGUACGUCGAUUUCGGUCGGGGAUCCCACUUAAGCUCAUCGUCGCGAACCAAAAGAAUGCGCACCUCUUUUAAGCAUCACCAACUACGUACCAUGAAGUCUUACUUCGCCAUCAAUCACAACCCUGACGCCAAGGACCUAAAGCAGUUGUCGCAGAAAACGGGUUUACCAAAGAGAGUUCUACAGGUUUGGUUUCAAAAUGCUAGGGCCAAAUGGCGCCGGAUGAUGCUGAAGCAGGAUGGCAGCGGAAUUAUGGAAAAGGGGGAUGGCGCCUUGGACCUAGACAGUAUCUCCGUACACAGUCCUACGUCGUUUUUAUUACCCGGCCCAAACAGCUCGCCACCACUUAACCUUGACUAACGGAUGCUUAGAAAACUCAAAAACAGAGUAGCAAACGAAAAUAGCCUUGCAUACAACUUCCACAUCAUACCGUACAUACAUAUAUACGUAUAUACGUACAUAUGUAUUUAAAUAGCCACAACGCUUGCCUAAGUCAAAGUACGUGCAUUGCAUCCGCAUCCGAAACGAAAUCCGGCUCCGGGAUCUUCUGAGCAUCUCAAGUCGAUGGUUACAAAUAAAAUUGGAGGGCUGUUGAUGUAUGUAUAAAUUACAUAUAUAUUUUUAUAGUUGCUUCUUGGCCAUUGCCAGUCGGCUGGUUAUUGCCUCCCAUAUAAUUUUUUUCAAGAUCUUCGGUUCUUUUGUAAAUAUGAACUUCAAUCUUGUAGCAUAUAUGUAUAGAUAUGUGGUCACGCGAAUAUUGUUAAUAUAUCGGUAUUAUUUUCAGAGCUCACAUUAUUAAAUAUGUAUGUAUGUACAUGUAGUGGGUAUAUAUAUAUGUAUGUAUAAAUUUAUAAGCAUCAACUUACAUCUUUACAUACAUAGAUAAAUAUGCUAAAUAUUUAUUUCACAACAUAAUAGUUAGAGAUGAAUUAAGUUUAGAGAACCGUCUAUGUAAUAUAUAUUAUACGUAAAUAAAAUAGUUACUCCUACCCUGA